UCAGAUCAGAAGGGCCUCAACAUAAAAGGGCUUUCACAUAAACUCAUCAGAGUCAUAAACAGGGCGCAGAAAAACAUUACAAAAUUGCAUGCUGAGCCCGCGAGACGUACUUMAAUUACGUCAUUUCCGUUUCGAAAUGAUWGUAUCAAAAUGGCGUCGUUCAGAACGUAUGUGUGGGAUCCUGUUCUUAUAAUAUCUCAGAUUAUAUCCUUACAGGCUUCGUUUUAUUUGUUUCUUGGUAUAUGGGUAUUAACUAUAGACCAUUGGUCAGGAUCUAUACUGACAUUGGACCAGUUCUUCUCUUAUAAGGAAUUAAAUGCUUCAACGUUAAAGGGAAAGCUUCUUAUGGCGUCCUUUUGUUUAAAUGCUUUAACAGGAGCAAUGUCAUURUGGUUCAUUGUAAAGAGAGGAAAGCAAUGCUUGGACUUUACAGCAACAACAUUUUUAAUUCAUUUCAUAUUUUGUAUAAUAUAUUCUGGUUUUCCAUUUUCUUGGACUUGGUGGAUCUUGAACAUUGUCUGCCUUGCCUUAAUGGCAAUUAUUGGAGAAUUUGUUUGUAUGAGGACAGAAAUGAGAGCCAUUAUGGUCACWGUUGGAUCUGUCAAGAAUUCUGUAUAAAGAAAAUUAUCACAGUUUUAUUCCAUGGCAUCCACAGAACUACUAUGAAGAAAGUCCUGUUUAUUGAAUCAAAAAGAUUUAUUUAUAAGAUAAGAUUAUUUUUAAGAGAAAAGAGACCAUUAGCACAGGUAGAAUGGUUUCUAUAAACCYGUUGAAUGUGUUUUAGCAUAUCCCACUUUACUCUCCAUUGUGUUUGCUUUGCCUUUUUUGUUUUAUUACACUUCUAUACACUUUGGCUGUUACACUGUUGUUCUGCGGGUUUAUAAAAUCAUUCUAUUAGAUAGAUACAAAGUUUCCAUGAUUGUGAAUAGAAGUGCUUGUUUAUUGCUGGAUCUGAUUAAUAAAGAUUUAUUCCAAAAUA